CUCACUCGCGAUUCCACCUGUGCAUCAAUCCAGCAUCAUCCAAGCCCAACUACCACGCUCAACUUUCAUCAAUACUCGCCCCCAAACAUCGGCCUGACGCGUCGCAUCAUCAAUUCUCGCUUCAUUCUGCACGAUCCACUGUAUUAAUUGUCUUUUGGGCCAGCCGGACGCCCACCUGAGCCCUUCAUCGUUGCCAAGACCUUCCGAGGGCCCGACGCGAGGACUGCCUGACCGUCGCUACGACCUUCGGCAGCCGCUAUGGCUGUCAUCAGGAAGAAGACUGCCACCAGAGGUAGCGAGGGUGGUGUCAAAUACAUAUGUGAUGUUUGCUCUGUAGACAUCACAUCUACCGUACGCAUACGAUGCGCACACGCCACUUGUAUCGAUUAUGACCUCUGCGUCCAGUGCUUCUCCAAGGGCUCAGGAAGCAACAACCACAACCCUGCCACACAUCCGUACCGGGUUAUAGAACAGAAUUCAUUUCCCAUAUACGACGAAGAGUGGGGGGCAGAUGAGGAGCUCCUCCUCCUCGAGGGCUGUGAGAUCUACGGGCUUGGCUCGUGGGCAGACAUUGCGGACCAUAUUGGAGGAUAUCGCACAAAAGACGAGGUCAGGGACCACUACGAGAAGGUCUAUAUCCAGUCCUCCAAGUUCCCUCUGCCUGAACGCUGCAGUCCCAAGGAUACCGCCUUGGCCAAUGCGAUCACACGGGAGGACUUCCAAGCACGCAAGAAACGGAGAAUAGAGGAGCGGAAAGACGCAAUCAAGAACGCGCCUGCGCCGCCUCCAAAGACAAAACCAACCGCCUCUGUCCCGUCGUGCCACGAGAUCCAGGGCUACAUGCCGGGCCGCCUGGAGUUCGAGACCGAGCACGCGAACGAAGCCGAGGAAGCUGUCCAACUCAUGCAGUUCGAGCCUGGCGAUGGCAUCAACCCAAACACAGGCCAGCUGGAGCCAGAGAUGGAACUCAAGCUGACGGUUAUGGAGAUUUACAACUCCCGGCUGACGCAGCGUGUCGAUCGCAAAAAGGUAAUCUUCGAACACAACCUCUUGGACUAUCGAGAGAACACCAAGCUUGAUAAGAAGCGAUCGAAGGAAGAGCGAGACAUCCUCAACAAGGCGAAACCAUUUGCGCGCAUGAUGAACCACAAGGACUUUGAGGACUUCAACCAGGGUCUUGUUGAUGAGCUCAACCUCCGACAGGCCAUUACCCAGCUUCAGGAUUGGCGCAACAUGGGCAUCGGCAACCUCAGAAGCGGCGAGAAGUACGAGCAGGACAAGGCAGCUCGCGCACAGAACAAGAUUCCCAUGGGAUCCAUGGACCGCGAACGGUUGGCGGCGGCUCAAAGGAAUAAGCAACCACCCCCUUCAGACCCGCCAAGCGGAGCCGCUCUCCUGGUGGCCCCAGACCUCCCCAUACGGCCAGCAGCAAAGAGCGGACUCCCGAAUGGUGAGGCUUCGGCCGGUGGAGAUUCGAAGCAUACGAACGGGAACCACGCCCACGGUGUCAACGGAAGCAGUGUUGUCGUGGCCAACGGCGCUGACUCCUCGAAGAAGCCAACUCAUGUCCCACAGCCUAUAUCGGGCGUCACACCGAUGCAGCUGACCCAAGAUAUGCCCGAUUACCAUCUGCUCACAAGCGAGGAGGUUCGGCUCUGCGAAGUGAUCAGGAUGCAGCCGAAGCCAUAUGUCAUGGUGAAGGCCGAGAUUAUCAGGGAAGCUGUCAAGGGUAAUGGUUCCCUGAAGAAAAAGCAGGUCAAGGAGAUCUGCAGCAAGAACCCGUCGUCAUGGGAUUCGCGUAAGGCUGGCACAGUGUUUGAGUGUAUGGUCGCCUGGGGCUAUAUAUCCAAGGCUUAGCUAUCAGCGCUAAAUCCAAACCCAUCAUGCCCGAUUUCAGAGACCCCAGCGGUGUUUGAUGUGGUCCCGGCAAUGGCAUACAGACUGACGGUCUCGAGCCGUACCCACAGACCACUCGCGGUCAAAUUUACCGCUCUUUGACAAGAGAAGAUCGCACACGCAGUACAAAGUAAUGCUAGGCAGCUCCAGACGGUUCACCCCUGGGCGCGCUCGCACAAGGCUCGGUGCUCUAUUCCUCCUAUUGCAUUUGACGAUGUAGUAGAAUCAACACACCAGGACUCGAUCGGAAGCCAACACGUCUGCGUACUUCGUUGUACAGAUCCCUGGCGUCGCUAUUUUCAGAGAUUCUAGUGGACAUCAAGGACUGAGGGUGACAUACUGAAAAUGACAUUGGCAAGACGCCGGCCCAGGCUGCUUGUACAAGAUCGAUGAGGCUUCCGCUGUCAGGCCGAAACGUGAAGGUAGUGGAUCUCGUGAAAGCAAGCACGCGGGUUGAACUCCAACGCCCGACGUAAUCACUCAAUGAGCUUGGAAAUUGGAAGGGCCCUAUCUCCAGCCAGGAGGAUCAAGCUGCUGAUGAUACACAGCUGUAGGUACGAGAUGGGUGCCUGCUGAGUGCAUCUUGGGUGGGGCUGUCGGCCCGCACAAGAGCAGCGCGAGAGUGGUACAACAGCCAGCGAUUUACUGAACGACAGACACGAUCCUGUAUCGAUACACUGACUCGGCGUUUGAGGCUUGCUUGUUCUGAUCAUGCCUGCUGGCACGACCAUCUCGGGCCAGCAUCCGGCUUCGCACUCCACGCACCUACCAGAGAAACACAGCGGUAGUGAUGUCGGCUUCAGCGGUGCGCUCGGCAACCGAGUCACGCUAUCUUUCAGGUAUCCAUGCAUGAUCUUACUCAUCAGUAUUCAAUAUAUGUACAUUCGUCGAGAGAGUACCGUUGUUGAGCUAGGCACGUCUCUCUCUGGCGCCCGAUUUAGCCUGAGUGCGGAUUACAGCUGGGACUAGACACGGGACAGCAUGCCGUCCACACACACGACGUGGUACAACAUCAUCCCAUGUGUAUGCCCAUUCUGAGCCCACGCAGGUCUCGUGCCGCGCUCGAGGCUGUCGUGCUUCCUGCUGUCUCGAUCUCGAUGCGACCAAGCCUUGGUUCAGUGCGUCAUAAGACUUCACACAAACGCGCUGCGGGCUGGGCAUUGCCUCGGGCCGUUGCUCCAGGCACAAAGAUCAAGGAUAUGAGAUCAAGCUAUCUGUCUUACUCGCAAUAUACGGGUUCUUCAUUCUUGCUCGGCGUAUUGUGGCUGGCUGCUGACCUCCAUUCCUUAUAUAUCGCGUGGUCUGGACUGAUUCAAGUGCGCCAUUGCAUAGAUGAACCGCCCAAAGUAGAGAAUAUCUCGGACACCACCUUGACGGUCGAGGGCAUACAGAUCAUCUUGAACGGCCUGCGCCCGUCCAGAACGUCGCUGGCUGGGAGACCUUCAUGAAACGCAUCCGAAGAAUACUGACGCCUGAAGAUUACCGCAACGGUGAGAACAUGUGUCGCUCAUCGGAUGGUCAUCCUACACAAUCCUCAUGAUGGGUGAGCUCUCUAGGGGACGGUUGGUAUGGUGCUAGGUCCUGCUGUUUGCCCGGGGUGUCUACUUUGGUGGUUAGACGCAUCUUUUUGGGGCGGCCGUGUUUUCUUAGCUCCCAUCUGCGAGAAUCUCAGGCUCGCCGGAAACCUCAGGUGGCAAUAAAC